AUGGACGUUGGAGAUAUCAUCGAGCGAGACAUUGAAGACACACCGGCUCCCCUACCGCCCAUGCCCCCAAAGGCUCCCAGCGCCUUCAAGCGAGAGUGGAAGCGAAAGCCCAAGCCUGCUCCUGCUCCUGCUCCUGCUCCUGCUCCUGCUCCCGUCAACAACCAGGCACCGCCUGCAAAGCCUACGGUAGCUGGACGUUUCCAGAACGACUAUCCGUCGGAUCAGAAGCUGACUGAAGCCGAGGAGAUUCAUCUGGAGAACUUGUCAAAGCUUGCCAAGAUGAGUCCUGAGGAAAUUGAGGCCCAGAGACAAGAGAUCAUGGAAAGCAUGGAUGAGAACGUGCUCAUGGCACUCAUGAGACGGGCCAAGAUCAAGGAAGACGAUAUGGAACCUCCUCAACAGGAGCCGACCGUGGAGGAGCCGGAGGAGGUUUUCAAUAAGUCGAAGCCUGUCAAAGAAGAGCCACAGAGUGAACACGCGAGGGAAGAGCCGACAAUUACGGAAGUUAGGGAUGAUGUUAAGGCAGAACUUGAGCAGACUAAAGAGACAAAGGAGGCUGAACGCUCUCUAGGAGAUGACCUAAAAUCGUCAUUGGGAGCUAGAGAGGUCAAACCUAGCGAUAUGGAGUCCAAGUACGAUGUUGAGGAUGAAGAUGAUGAUGACAAACCUGCCACUACCCCAGGAACACCCAAGAAGGAGACCAAGACAGCGACUGCAUCGGAGAUGGAUUUUGAUAGCUCUGCCACACCAAAGAAGGUCAAGUUUGAGGCAAAGGAGGAUGGAGAUGAAAAGGGUAAAGACAAGGCAGAGUCUCAGAAGUCUGGCGUUCAGGCAGUGCAUUUUCCAAAGCCUCCCACAUUCGCUGCUGACGAUGAAGAUCCCAUGUCCAUCGACGACGAAGACUUUAUGGAGAAACUACAUGAGAAGUACUUUCCUGAUCUGCCCAAAGAACCGUCCAAGAUGGCAUGGAUGACCGAUGCCAGACACAGAGUGGUUGAGGAGCGAGGACCCGAUGGAGAAAUGACUGCCAAGAUCAUUCAGGACACUUCAGAUGCUCCACUGCCUAAAACUAUGCUCCCAUCUGAGAUUAGAUUCGACUUCAAAGGUAACAUCAUCACCCCCAAGACCUCUCGAAACAUCCCAAUGAACCUUGGUCUGCAUCACCAUGGCGAGAACCCAGAGAUGGCUGGAUAUACCAUUCCCGAGCUAGCUCAACUUGCGCGAAGUUCGGUGUCGGGGCAGCGAUGUAUUGCCAUCAGAACCCUCGGACGAAUUCUGUACCGUCUUGGAAACCCUACUGUCAUGGAGAAGGAGUAUGGAAAGACCAUUGGCAUGGGUCUUAGAGGUCUCAUUGACCAGGGACGAGUCAUCGAAUCAAUCACCGAGGCCACCCAUGCCAAGCAGAUGAACGUUGCAGCAUACGCUACCGAAGCUCUCUGGCUGUGGAAACAGGGCGGAAGUGAUACUCGACAGGCUAGUUAG